AUGGCAGAAACACUGUUGGGCCUUCUUCUAGUCACUUCAUCUGCCAAGGGCUCAAGCUUGGUGUUCAGAUGGCCGCCGUCCCCCAGCUCGACACCGCGCUACAAGCGUGCGCGACCAGGCUGUUCCUCCUACCCGAAACACCUUGACAAUCCAUAUAGAGCCUCGCAUUACUCAGACGCACCAGGAGGCCCACCGGAGGAAAUUAUCGUAGAUGACAACGAAUCUGAUUACCAGUGGAAGCGGCCCUCGGCCAUGCGGGAUCGAUCCAUGUCCUUCACCCAUGCUGCUUCGCAUUCGGCUUCGGGAGGCGCAUCGCCCUCUGAAGAAGAUUCCUUCCAUCUGGAGGAAGCCGCAGCCAAGGACGACUAUGACCGCUUACUUGGUUACUCUUCUGAGUUUCUAGCCGGACUGCUAUGCCCCCAACGAUCUCUAUGUCACCAGAAGUUUGAAUUAUUCGUCGAUGACCUGGCCUUCAUUGGACAUCCUGUCUGCGCUGAGAAAGAUGGCGGGUGGCGGUUUAGACUCGAAAAAGGGCGAAUGCAUAGCAGGGGACGUGAAUCGCGGAACGACAGAUCCCCUGCCAGUUCGGCGGACAGCGAAAGCCCUGGUACUCAAAGCGCAUGGCUACAUACUUUCCAUCUUGUUCUCGUACUCGAUCUACCCGAUCCUUCCUCGUCCGCCGCGGGAAAUGUAGACAAAUAUUUCGACAUCAUAUACGAGCAAAUAGCGUUCACCACCGCCGCAGUGUUAUUCCAAGAACAAGUCAUGUCAAAUUUUGUCGAAGCCGAAUGUGACCACCUGGGAUCCAUCAAGGACGCUUGUGUUGCUAAAGACACAUUUCAAGGCGAACCGCUAUCGGCUUAUGUGGCCAAAGCUCUUGAGGCAUCGUCCAUAGCGCCUGCCAUGAAGACAAUCUACGAAGCCAUCAAAUCAUCGACCAUAGCGUACAUUACCAUUCACUACUUGCCUUUAGAAUUACAGCUACCACCGUACUUGGAUUCCUUACUCCACAGCGAAGAAGACGAUGAGAUGGAGUACUGGGCGCCAUCAGACGGCGAGGACUCUCCAAGUUGGGGAGUCGAGUUGAAAUAUGGGUGGCGGCUACCCAUUCUAGCACCAUGGAAAAGUAUACUACUUUUAGAUGGUCCCGCGGACGCUGAUCCUUAUGCGAACUUGCGUGGCCCCCAUCUAAGUGCUGGCGACCGAACGCUGGCCGAAGGACUUCUCAAAUUUCUGGAGCUUGCCUCCGUUAUCCUCUCACUGGCAGAUUUGGCUGCUCUACUCGACUGGGACCUAGAGGCUCAAGUAUAUCCGACCGUUCGUUGGUUAGUUCUGCAUCGCAGGGCAAAGGUCAUCGACACCGUGCAUGCUGGGUUGAAGACGAUCUUCACUCUUCCACCAAAGUUUGACGAACCAUUGUCUACGCUGUCUGCCGAGUUCAGCAAAGAUUUCGCCAGUACCUCUGUACCUCCGUUACCACAGAUACUCGCAAUCAUCUCAAAUUCUGCCUCUAAACAAAGUGAAAACCACUUCUUCGCUACCGUCGUUCGGGAUAAGGCUCAAAUUCCGUUAUACCACAACGUCGUCCUGUGGAUGCUUAAAAGGGAUUUACUCCACACCCUGCAUCUCAGAAUCCGAGUGGUAGCUACCAGAGAGCUGAAAGCCCGCGUGAAGGCGGAUUGGGCACGCCAUCUGGAGAGCAAGCGGCUACGCAAAGGUCGACGAUCACGCAACCAGAGUUUCGUUCAGGACGUGGACAAUCAAUACCGUUCCUCGGAAUUACAGCAAGGCAUCUCGUGGUUGUCGCUGUCGCCCAAAAGUGCCCGCCGAUAUUCCAGGCGUAAAGCGUCCAACGAAUCCCGACAAAGCAAGCUCAGCGAACUCAUCAUCCCAGAGGCGUUUGACGAGGAUCUGGACAUUCAUGACCGUGAUGACGACGUUGAUCCCGAGCUUGAUGAAGAGGACGAAGAGGAUGAAGACGAAGUCGCGGCCGAUGAGAAUGGGAGCGAGCAACAGCACCCUUGGUCAUCUAUGAUCAACGAUCCCGGAACAGCGACACCCUUGGAACGUCGUUGGCUUGCUGCUAUGUCAGAGGGCAAAGACCCUCGUAUAGCAAGACGCUUUGAACACUGUACUUUGAAGCAUAAUUUCGACAGGAGCAGUAGGUCACUAAUAGACUUUACCGGGUACCGAAUAGCCACGUUGUACAUGGCCGAUGUAUCAUACAAGCGUGAGGGGUAUUACUUCCGUGGGAUUGAGGAUAAGGAGAGGAUAUGCGGAGAGACCAAGUAUCGAGACAAUAAUAUGCUGCAGUGGUGA